UUUUAAGGAGACGAAGGAACCGCUUGAACAAGUCUUAAUCUGUAGGCAUCUCGCUUCUACUGGCUACUGUGGCAAGUCCCACGCUGGACAACGGGGCUGGGUGGGUGGGCCUCGCGCUGCAGGUCGCUGCCUUGGUUGCCAAGGAAAGCCAGGAGGAGGACAGACCGGUUCUCUUGCCUUGUCUUCUCUCGCACACCUCACCGCCCAAAUUACCGAACCGCCUUAACUCCUCGCUAUAAAACCAAACCCUCCCGCGGCCUUUCUCUCUUGUUCCCCUCUAGUACUAAGUACUAACCCGCCCCCCGGUUGGAUUGGAUUGGGUUCGAUUCGAUGCUUGUGGCCUCCGCCCUGCCAACAAUCGCCUGCUGAACUCGAGAGAUCGAGAUGGCGGACCUCGCCGCGGCGCCCUCGCCCCCGCCCCCCGCCGUCCUGUCGGUGCUCUUCGUCGACGGCGACCGCACCGUCGACCUCGGCACCGUCACCGUGCACCCGUCGCUCGCCGUCAAGAAGCUGCAGGCCGUCGUGGCCGACCGCGUCGGCGUCGCGCCGCACCAGAUCUCGGCCGCGCUCGCGCGGCCCCGGCGCGCGCGCCGCGUGCCCCUCGACGAGGGGGCCGACCUCGCCGCCGCCGCCGCCGCGCGCGAGGGCGCCGGCUGCUACGUCCUCGCGUCCCUCCGCCGCGCGCGCCGGGGCGGCCGCGCCCGCCGCGACAAGCACAAGGCCUCCGCCGCGGACGCCGCUCCCCCGCCCGAGAAGGCCAUCCUCAAGCGCCUCCCGCCCACGGAUCUGGCGUCCAUGGUGGCCCCCGCCGCCAUGCUCGGCGGCUGGGACUACGAGGCGCAGCUGCGGGAGCAGCGCGACUGGUACCUCAUGAGCACCGCGGCGGCGGCGGAUCCGUACCUCCUCCCGCUGGUGCCGGAGCUGGAGGACCCGCCGAUGUGGUCGCCGCGGCCGGCGUGCCCCGAGUGCGAGGCGGCGGCCGCGGCCAUGCGUCAGCCGCCCUUCCACUGGUGCGUGCGCGAUGCCGUGGUCACCGCCGGGUUCCGCUCGCACGUGGGCCCGAUCGAGCGCCCGGCGAAGAAGUCCCCCUCACCGCCGCCGAGCCCCGGACGCCUGCCGGGGCUCCUCGGCAUGCCUGUCUACUGAUUGAUUACCAGCUGCUUCUUCGCCCCGCGAAAAUUGUAAAGAAAUCAAGCUGGUAAUUGACUUGAAUGGUCGACGAGGUUGCGUGUGGAGCUUGUGCGGAUCGCGGCGGCGGACGAAGAGGAUUUUAGGAGGAGCUAGCCUAGUAGCAGCAUCCUGUUUCCUGGGAGACGAGAGAACGCAAGUCAGAUGCGGCCACCGGUGCGGUGGGAACGAGUCUUCUGGCACUAGAAAAUUGGAUGGUCCUUUUUUUUUUUGGCAAAUGGGGUGGUGGUGCCCGAGCAAUGUGGCCUGGGCGAGUCCACAUUACUGGACCCGUCUUUUGUUUUUCUUCUCUUUUAGAGAGAGAGAGAGAGUGAGAGCGCAAUUUGUUUCUGGUAUAUCGAAGUGGUAUAUGCAGAAUACAAGAAUUCUGGUGUGCUCCCA